GCCAACCCGAGUGGGCCUAGGAGGCGGCGCGAGCCCCGUGCUGGGAGGGGAGAGUCGGCUGUGCUUUCCUGACUGCUGGCUCAGGGGCGGCUCGUGCUCCGGGUGUCCAGAGCGUGGCUUCCAAAGCUGCGAGGCAGACGGUCGACUGGCGAAGUCCACGUGGCAGGGCCGGGGGUCUGCGGACUACGAGUCCUCCUCAAAAUGUUCUCUGUGUGGACACAGUGAGUCCUCUGUGUGUUUCCAAGAGCAGCAAAAAAUGAAGAAAUCUCUGGUGUCGGUGUCAUUUGAGGAUGUUUUUGUGAGCUUCACUUGGGAGGAGUGGCAGGUUCUGGACAAUGCUCAGAGGACCCUGUACAGGGAGGUGAUGCUGGAGACCUACAGCAGCCUGGCGGUGUUGGGGCAUUGCAUUACUAAACCUGAGGUGAUCUUUAAGCUGGAGCAAGGAGCAGAGCCAUGGAUGAGAGAAGAACCCCCAAAUCUGAGUCCUCCAGAUGUCCAGAAAGUGGAUCACAUACUUCAGCCCAGCCACGAGAGUCAAGGAAGACGUUUGUGGCAAGUUGUUCUUACCACUAACAACACAACAGCUGAGGAGAGAGUUGAAUUAGGAUUGGAGCUCAAAGUCCUUGAGUGGAAUUUUGAUUUGAGGUCAAGCCGAAGUUCAGAUUUGGUUAUAAAUAAUGGAAGCUAUUCAGCAAUGGCGAAUCUCUCCAGUGAGCCUAGUGGAGAGAAACCUAAUCAGUAUCAUAUAACUGGGAAGUCCUUGAGAUAUCCUGAGCAUUUUGGUCAGCAUCCCAAGAUUCCAACUGGGCAGCAGGAUUUUCAAUAUAGCGGACAAUGGGAACGCUUCACCAGGGAGGCAAAAUUAUUGAAAGAAUGUGUUACACAUAAGAGGGUUCCUAUGGGACAGGCCUGCUGGAAGCAUGAUGAACCUGGGAAAGCCUGUGAGAAGUCAGCUGUCAUUGCUACAGUGGGAAGGAAAACUCUUUAUAAAAGCUGUGAUCUCACCACACAUGAGACACACACAGAGGAGAAAUCCUGUGAAUGUGGUGAAUGUGAGAAAACCUUCAUUGUGCAACAGAAGAAACAUUCAGAGAAAGAACCCUAUUCAUACUAUCCACAUGAGGAGUCCUUCAGCUAUAAGCCAGUCAUCUCUAUGCAGCAGAGUUUUCAUAGAAGGGAAAAGCCCUACAAAUGUGAUGAAUGUGGAGAGGCCUUUCACACUAAGUCAGACCUAGUGAGGCAUGAGAGUAUUCAUGCUUGGGGGAAACUGUUUGAGUGUAAGAAAUGUGGGAAAACUUUCUGCCGGAAGUCAUCCCUUACUACUCAUGAGAAAAUUCACAGUGGGGAGAAGCCCCAUCAAUGCACUAAAUGUAGAAAAGCCUUUCGCAAGAAGUCACAGCUCCGGAGGCACUGGGGAAGAAUUCACACAGAAGAGAAACCUAAAGGAUGUAAUGAAUGUAAUGAGUGUGGAAAAUUUUUUCACAGAAAGUCUCAUCUCAUAAAGCAUCAGCGUACUCACACAGGCGAGAAGCCCUAUGAAUGUGGUCAAUGUGGAAAAUCUUUUGGCCAGAAGAUACACCUCACAAAGCAUCAGCGUACUCACACAGGCGAGAAACCCUAUAAAUGUGGUCAGUGUGGAAAAUCUUUUGGCCAGAAGAUACACCUCACUAAACAUGAGACAGUCCACACCAUGGAGAAGCCCUACGAAUGUAAUCAGUGUGGAAAAUUCUUUGGCCAAAAGACUUACCUCACUAAACAUCAGAUGAUCCACUCUGGGGAGAAACCCUAUGGAUGUGAUAAGUGUGGGAAAUCCUUUGGACAGAAAACUUAUCUCACUAACCAUCAAAUGACACACACGUUGGAGAAACCCUAUAAAUGUAAUGACUGCGGAAAAUCCUUUGCCUAUAAGUCGUACCUUGCUAAACAUCAGAUGACACACACUGGGGAGAAACCCUAUGGAUGUAGCCAGUGUGGAAAAACUUUUCGCCAGACUUCACACCUCAGCAAGCAUGAGAGAACUCAACAUGGGAGAAAAGCUUCUAUGAAUGUGGAAACUUGCUCAAAUCAUACUUCAGCAAAUAUCAGCGAAUUCACAUAGUGGAAAAAUCUUGCAUGGCAGAUAAUAGCUAUGUAUCCUUCAAAAUCCAUUUCCUUUUCUCUGGAACACAGCCUGCAUUUCCUAGCCUUGCCUACUGUGGCCUGGACUCUGCCUGGGGAAUACAGACAUAUGUGGUAAGAAUUACAUCCAAGCCUGUACACAAAGAGAAUGACACUGCAGCGUUCUCAGAUUUCUCAUCUUUUAUGACACUAAAGUGCUACUGACCCUCAGGAUGGCUUUGAAGUACAGGUGGGAGAUGGUCACUGUGAUUUAAGACAUGAAGAGAACAGAUCUUUCCAGCACUGCCUCGGUACCUUGUGUUCUUUACAUGAGUGAGAAAUAAAUAUCUACUCUUUUGCUAUUUUAUGCAUGAUCUGUUUGCAUUGUAGCACCAGUAGCCCACUGUUUCUGAUUCAUUUUAUGAAUAUGAGAUCUUUCUGAGGGAAUAUAGAAACCUGUUAUCUUUCAUCUCUAAGUCAGCGUUUUUAAGAAUCAAUUGAGAAAGGAUAUAACAUAUUUGGGAUUUUGUAUGUCUGGCAGGGAUAUCUCAUGGGACACUGAGAAUAAUAUAACUCUAUUAUUAUAAUGAGUCAGAACUUUAAGAUUUUACCUUGUUGGACAGGGGAUUUAGCUCAGUGGCAUAGUGCCUACCUGGCAAGCAUGAGGUCCUGAGUUUGAUCCCUGGUAUCAAAAAAAUUUUUUACCUCAUUUAUGCAUCAGAUGUAUACUCAGUGUAAUGGGAACAAAUGGGAAUUUUGAAGAUAUAUUCAAAAUAUAAAAUAUUUGAGUAGCAGUAAUAAAAUAUGAGUGGUGCUAUUACCUGCAUUUGAGAGUGUGCAGUCAUUUUUGGUUAUCACAUCUGGAGAUUGGGAGCUCCUGCUAGUGCCAUCUAGUGGGUAGAGAUCUGGUACAGCUACACCGCCUGUGAAACACAGCAUAGACUCUGAAGUACACAGGGUUUGUGCAUAAAGAGUAUUAUAUGUUAGAAAUGCUCCUUCAUGAGACCAGAUGAUAAAUGCCACUGGCGUAAUAAAUAUGGCUUUGAUUGGUGUAUUAAUCCAUUUUCUGUUGCUAUGACAAAGCACUUGAGGCCCGGCACUUUAUUAAAAGGUUUACUUUGCUUGCAGUUUGGGAGGCUGGCAGUAGAAGAUUGGGUGGUUACAGUACUUCAGCCUCCAUGCUGUCUUGCUUGGCUGGGUCACAUCAUAUUGGAGACAUGGAAAGGAAGCUCACUGUGUGCGGAAGAGGCCACAUGUGUGGAGUGGCCCUGCUUUAUAAUAACCAUUUCUGCGACAACUCUGUUUGGUGGUGGUGGGGGGGUUGAACUCAGGUCCUUAAUGCUUGCAAGGCAGGCAACAGAACCACUGAGCUAAAUCCCCAGCCCCCUCUGCAACAACUCUGUACAAGCAUUUGUUCCUUUUGUGGCACUGCCAGUAGUGACCCAAUUCCUCCUGCUAGGCUCCACCAUGUUCUUUUCUGGUACUGGGGAUUGAACCCAGGAGCUCCUAUCUCCAGCUAAUGUGUGGGCACGUCUGCAUGUGACACUACGAAACCAGAGUCUGCACAUUAAGCUACAUUCUUGGCCCUUUUUCCCUAUUAUUUUGAGGUAUGAUGUCACUUAUUUGCAAUGUAUUGCUCAGAAUGGGUUUGAACUUGGAAUCUUCCUGCAUCUGCCUCCCAAAUCACUGAGAAUACAGGUAUGCCCCAGUGGGCCCAGCAAGGCCCUGACUUUUAGCAUUUCAUUUCACAACCACCCUAAGCUUCAACUCUGUACAUGAGCCCUUAGGGACAAACCACAGCCAAAGCAUAGCAGUUAGGAAUUUCCAUGUCCUGGGCCAUACUAGCCUCUGUGUCCUGUUUAAUGGAUUAAGUAUACAGUGCCUUACUACAUUCAUGUUCCUAUUCAUAGUGUACAUAGAUCUGUACAAUAAUAACCAAACUCUUAAGUAAAUGUUUUCCUGAAGUCUGCAGCAAACAGUGCCAGAUAGUGGUUCUAAAAGAAAGACUCAUAGAACUAUACAAAUCAGGUACAUAAUUAUCAGUUUAAGUCUAGAUUAGCUUAAACAGCUCUGAUCAGUGGUACUUGCUUCAUCCCAUUUAGUAAAAUGCAAUCUCUGCAAGCACAAUUUGCCCCUCAUUCUUAACUCCUAGUGUUUGCAUGGGUACUGGCAUAGGUGUGUGUGCUGAGCAGUCUGUAUUUUCUGUGACAAUGGUGGUCAUGCUGUCUAACGGGCCAUGUGAUACAUCCUCACUUCUCCACUUACAUGUUUGACUUUUCACCUUAACAUCUCUGGGCUUCUGUCUCUUCGUGUUAAAAAAAAAAAAAAGUCAUACUAGAACCUACCUUAAGAAGUCAUUGUGAGGAGUAAAUUAGAUAAGUACAAUUCUUUGAAUAUUUCUUGACAUCUGAUAAUUAGCAUAUAGAUUGUACCCAUGUGGGGAAGAGUGAUUAUUGUAAUUUACAAAAACACUAUU